AUGGCCGAUAUUAACGUGGACGUCCUCGUCAUUGGCAUGGGACCUACUGGUCUCGGUGCUGCCAAGCGUCUCAACCACAUUAACGGCCCUUCAUGGCUGAUUCUUGACUCCUCUGACAAGGCCGGUGGUCUUGCCGGCACUGACACCACCCCCGAGGGUUUCCUCUACGACGUCGGUGGCCACGUUAUCUUCUCCCACUACAAGUACUUCGACGACUGUCUCGACGAGGCUCUUCCCAAGGAGGAUGACUGGUACACCCACCAGCGUAUCUCCUACGUGCGCUACAAGGAGCUCUGGGUUCCCUACCCCUUCCAGAACAACAUCUCCAUCCUCCCCAAGGAGGACCAGGUCAAGUGUGUUGAUGGCCUCAUCGAUGCUGCCAUCAGCGCUCGUGUCGCUGGCGACAAGCCCAAGGACUUCGACGAGUGGAUCAUCCGCAUGAUGGGUACUGGUAUCGCUGAUAUCUUCAUGCGCCCUUACAACUACAAGGUCUGGGCUGUUCCCACCACCAAGAUGCAAUGCCAGUGGCUCGGUGAGCGUGUUGCUGCCCCCGAUGUCAAGAACGCUCUUAAGAACCUCAUCCUGAACAAGGUUGCUGGUAACUGGGGCCCCAACGCCACCUUCAGAUUCCCUGCCCGUGACGGUACUGGUGGUAUCUGGACUGCUGUUGCCAACACCAUCCCCAAGGAGAAGAAGCGCUUCGGCAAGUCUGGUGAGGUCACCAAGGUUGACGCCGAGAAGAAGAUCGUCCACCUUGCUGACGGUACCACCAUUGGAUACGGCAAGCUCAUCAGCACCAUGGCUGUUGACCACCUCGCCGAGAAGAUUGGCAACCAAGAGCUCGUCAGCCUCACCAAGGGUCUCUUCUACUCCACCACUCACGUUAUCGGUGUCGGUGUUCGUGGUGAGCGCCCUGAGCGCAUUGGCGACAAGUGCUGGUUGUACUUCCCCGAGGACAACUGCAACUUCUACCGUGCCACCAUCUUCUCCAACUACUCCCCUUACAACCAGCCCCAGAAGGACGUCAAGCUCCCUACUCUGUACAAGGCUGACGGCAGUGCCGCUGACUCUACCGAGCCCAAGGAGGGUCCCUACUGGUCUGUCAUGUUGGAGAUUUCCCAGUCUGAGCUGAAGCCCGUUGAUGUCGAGAACAUCUUGAAGGACAGCAUUCAGGGUCUCGUCAACACCAACCUCCUCAAGCCCGAGGAUGAGAUCAUCUCCACCUACCACCGUGCCUUUGACCACGGUUACCCCACCCCUACCCUUGAGCGUGAGGGUGUCCUCAAGCAGCUCCUCCCCAAGCUCCAGGACCUCGGCAUCUACUCCCGUGGCCGGUUCGGUAGCUGGAGAUACGAGGUUGGCAACCAGGACCACUCCUUCAUGCUCGGUGUUGAGGCCGUCGAUGCCAUCACCCAGGGUGCUGUUGAGCUGACCCUCAACUACCCCGACUUUGUCAACACUCGCCAGAACACUGAGAGACGGUUGGAGCAGUCCUUUGCUUUCAACACUCAGGAGCUUCCUACUCGUGAGAAGUAA